AUGUUGCGGCGAAAGGACAGGCGCAUGCGCACUGCUAUUUUUGCCACCCAUUGAGUCGGCAUCGUAUCUUUUGUUUCGCUAGUGUUAAAGCGAGUAAUCUACGGUUUUAUCACAACAUGACGUCACGUGCCGGCCACAAAGCUCCUGUAACCAAUGGGAGUGAUUUUAAAAACAGAGAGAAGGUGGCUCCACAUUACCAAAUGAGUGCUUCCUUGAAGUCUGAGGUCCGACGCUUGAACAUGGUGCACCUCCUGGUCUGGCUGCUGGUGGCCGCCCAAGUGGUUGUUAGUCACUUCAACCUAGUGUCACACGACACAGUCUCCAUGCCGUACCAAUGGGAGUACCCUUACUUGCUCAGCAUGGUCCCCUUGCUCUGCAGCAGCCUGUCCCUCCCGAAGAGCAACAUCAGCUACCUGGUGUUGUCCAUGAUCAGUGCAGGGCUCUUCUCGGUGGCGCCGCUGAUCUAUGGCGGCAUGGAGAUGUUCCCUGUGGCGCAGCAGCUAUAUCGCCACGGCAAAGCAUACCGCUUCAUUUUCGGCUUCUCCGCCGUUACAGUCAUGUAUUUGAUCAUGGUGGUGGCCAUCCAAGUGCAUGCGUGGCAGCUGUAUUACAUGAAGAGGUUGCUAGACUCAUGGUUCAAUGCCACGCAAGAGAAGAAGAAGAAAUGAUGAUGGAGGGAAAUGUUUUAUAUAUUUUUAUUUUCAUGUACUAUGGAACGCUGUUAAUUUUUCUUGUCAUACCUAACGAUAAAUAAAAGCUUUUUGCAGUAGUUUGUUAAAAACUGGAGAGCCUGUAACAUAGAGGAUAUUUGAUCUUGAUACAGAAUCCAUCCAUCCAUUUUCUAUACAGCUUAUCCUCAUCAGGGUCACGUAGGUGUGCUGGAGCCUAAUACAUUAUCCAGUAGGUCCUUAAAAACAGGAGAGCUCUCCUGUCAGCGAUCUGUGAUUAGCUGUUUUUCCAGUUUGUCCGUAAACAGCAGAGUGCUCUGUCAUAUGGAGGAUAUAUGGCAGCUGUAAACAUAUUGCUUCUCCUUUAAUGUAUAUGGGUGCACCCUGAAUGGUUCUGAAUUUUCUCUAUUCUUGCUUUUAAUUAAAACUCUAUUAACCUUGUAUCUUUUGAUUGAUAAUAUACUUGUUUUCACUGUGAGUUAUUGUAUAAAAUAAAUUAGAAUUGCCUGUUUUUACUUGUAUUUUCAGGUAUAUUCCUGUGCUGAAA